AGCACGCACGGCUGGGGCGGGGUUGGCGGCGGGUGGCGGGUGGCGGGCCGCGGGCGGCGGGCGGCGGGCGGCGGAGGCGCGGGGCCUGCUCCCGCCGGCACCAUGGCCAAGACCGUGGCCUAUUUCUACGACCCCGACGUGGGCAACUUCCACUACGGAGCUGGACACCCUAUGAAGCCCCAUCGCUUGGCAUUGACCCAUAGCCUGGUCCUGCAUUACGGUCUCUAUAAGAAGAUGAUCGUCUUCAAGCCAUACCAGGCCUCCCAGCAUGACAUGUGCCGCUUCCACUCCGAGGACUACAUUGACUUCCUGCAGAGAGUCAGCCCCACCAAUAUGCAAGGCUUCACCAAGAGUCUUAAUGCCUUCAACGUAGGCGAUGACUGCCCAGUGUUUCCCGGGCUCUUUGAGUUCUGCUCGCGUUACACAGGCGCAUCUCUGCAAGGAGCAACCCAGCUGAACAACAAGAUCUGUGAUAUUGCCAUUAACUGGGCUGGUGGUCUGCACCAUGCCAAGAAGUUUGAGGCCUCUGGCUUCUGCUAUGUCAACGACAUUGUGAUUGGCAUCCUGGAGCUGCUCAAGUACCACCCUCGGGUGCUUUACAUUGAUAUUGACAUCCACCAUGGUGACGGGGUUCAGGAAGCUUUCUACCUCACUGACCGGGUCAUGACGGUGUCCUUCCACAAAUACGGAAAUUACUUCUUCCCUGGCACAGGUGACAUGUAUGAAGUCGGGGCAGAGAGUGGCCGCUACUACUGUCUGAAUGUGCCCCUGCGGGAUGGCAUUGAUGACCAGAGUUACAAGCACCUUUUCCAGCCGGUUAUCAACCAGGUAGUGGACUUCUACCAACCCACGUGCAUUGUGCUCCAGUGUGGAGCUGACUCUCUGGGCUGUGAUCGAUUGGGCUGCUUUAACCUCAGCAUCCGAGGGCAUGGGGAAUGCGUCGAAUAUGUCAAGAGCUUCAAUAUCCCUCUACUGGUGCUGGGUGGUGGUGGUUAUACUGUCCGAAAUGUUGCCCGUUGCUGGACAUAUGAGACAUCGCUGCUGGUAGAAGAGGCCAUUAGUGAGGAGCUUCCCUAUAGUGAAUACUUCGAGUACUUUGCCCCAGACUUCACACUUCAUCCAGAUGUCAGCACUCGCAUCGAGAAUCAGAACUCACGCCAGUAUCUGGACCAGAUCCGCCAGACAAUCUUUGAAAACCUGAAGAUGCUGAACCAUGCACCUAGUGUCCAGAUUCAUGACGUGCCUGCAGACCUCCUGACCUAUGACAGGACUGAUGAGGCUGAUGCAGAGGAGAGGGGUCCUGAGGAGAACUAUAGCAGGUCUGGGAGCAGGGACUUCAGCCUACUUCCAAUAGGCUUGCUGGGGAGGUUUAAAAGGGAAAAAGCCAGAGGCACCCAAUGAGUUCUAUGAUGGAGACCAUGACAAUGACAAGGAAAGUGAUGUGGAGAUUUAAGAGUGGCUUGGGAUGCUGUGUCCCAAGGAAUUUCUUUUCACCUCUUGGUUGGACUGGAGGGAAAAGGAGUGGCUCCUAGAGUCCUGGAGUGGUCACCCCAGGGCUUUUGCUGACUCUGGGAAAGAGUCUGGAGACCACAUUUGGUUCUCGAACCAUCUACCCCCUUUCUUCUCUCUCCUAAGGCCUGACAGUGGUACCUAUUAGGGAUGAGAUAUGGACAAGGAUAGCUAUAUGGGACAUUAUUGGCAGUGGGCCCUGGAGGCCAGUCCUUAGCCCCCCUUGUCCCUUAUUUCUUCCCUGCUUCCCUCCAACCCAGAGACUUUGAGGGACGAAUGGGUAGACAAGGACCGAGAUUGUCUCUGACUUCCUCCUCUCCUGAGUUCUGAUUUCCUCCUCCCCUUGCUUCCAGGGAAGAUGAAGAGAGAGGGAUUUGGCAGGGGCUCUGGCUCCCUAACACCUGAAUCCCAGAUGAUGGGAAGUAUGUUUUCAAGUGUUGGGAAGAUAUGAAAAUGUUCUGUUCUCACUUUUGGCUUUAUGUCCGUUUUACCACUGUUUUUAUCCAAUAAACUAAGUUGAUAUUUUUUGUACCUUU